AUGAAUCUCCUCAAUGCUUCCUGUCUACGCGGUAGAUAUAACGUGUUACCUAGAAUCGCCAUCUUCCCUUUGCUUGUCGCCAGCCCUUUGCGCUCGUCCUCGCUCUCGGCCAUUCACCGCGGGAUUCGAAACUCGGAGAAAGUCAGCGCCCAAGGCCACAGCUACGCCUCCUCCUCCAGGGGUAAAACGAAUAAAGCAAAGAAAGGCGGCAAGGGCAAGGAUAAGGGCAAGGGCGCGGGCAAGGGCAAGAAAAAUAACAAAAAGGACGACGGGAAUUCGGGAAAGAAGUCGAGAAAGGCACGCUUCAACGAUCCCGAUGACCCGUUCGGCCAGAAUAGCUUAGUCUUCCAGCUGAAGAAUGUCGGCGGCAAGGACGCGGGCAAAUCGGCAGGCGGCAAAAGAAAUCCCAAUCUACUGACACCGGAUCAGUUCAUGAAAGAUUUCAUGUCUAGUCCUACGCAGGGGAAGAAGUCGGGAACCGCCGCUAGCGUACCUCCUGCUGCUCGUCCUCCUCCCCCCUCCGCCCGCGCACCUCCUGCUGCUUCUCCUCCUCCUCCCCCCCCCGUCCGCGCACCUCCUGCUGCUGCUUCUCCUCCUCCUCCUCCCCCCGCCCGCGCACCUCCUGCUGCUGCUUCUCCUCCUCCUCCCGCGCAACCGGCGGGAUUCUGGAGCCCGCCACCUCCGUCGGGUGGCCCGCAGUCCGCCGGAGCGCCUAAGCAACCCUCUUACGAACCCUCUCGCGAUACCCCCCGUGAGCCUUCUCACACACCUUCUUGGGGCCAAACGAUACCGCAGGAUGAUGGUCCCGUUCGCAUCACUCGCACCACGGCAGCAUCGCAGUUCCUGUAUGGCCGUUCGUCGGUCGAGGCGGCGUUAAAACGAUCUCGGCGGAAACUGUACGCAUUAUACAUCUACAACGAUCUCGUCGAAGCAAUGGCCAAAUCUAGGGGGAUUCCCAUCAAGAGGGUGUCCAGCGAAGGUCUUCGAAUGAUGGACAAGAUGAGCGAGAACCGACCGCACAACGGCUACAUCCUCGAGGUGUCCCCGCUGCCGCAGUUGCCAGUCAAGGGUUUGGGGCCCGUGUCUACGGAUCCAAAGAAACCUGGCUUCGGGCUCGUGCUAAAUUAUCAGUCUCCGGAGGAGCAGGAAAUCAAUGGCGCAUCUGAAUUUGUCCCGAGCGCGCUGCCAGCCGGCCGGAUGCCGUUUGUCCUGCUCCUAGACGGCAUCCAGGACCCGGGGAACCUCGGAGCCAUCAUCCGAUCGGCCGCGUUCCUGGGCGCCGACGCGAUCGCCGUCACGAAGGGCGCCUCGUCGCCCAUCACGGCGGUGUCGGUCAAGACGUCGGCCGGCGCGGCCGAGAUCGUCACGCUGCUGUCGGUCGUUUCUCCGGUCGAGUUCAUCACGUCGUCCCGGGCAGCCGGGUGGGUGACGUACGCGGCCGUCUCGCCGGAGUCGGCGCGGUCCCGGGGCAACUCGCACUUCACGCUGGACCGGAUCGAGUCGUACGACCCGCUCGCGACCCAGCCGACGCUCCUGGUGCUCGGGAGCGAGGGCGAGGGCCUCACGCGCUCCGUCAGGCGGUGUACCGACUUCCAGGUCUCGAUCCCGAACCACUCCCAGGCACCGUCCCUCAUAGACAGCUUGAACGUCAGCGUGGCCGCGGGCAUCCUGUGCUCCGGCUUCCUGCGGAAGCAGUACCUCGGCCAAAGCACGAAAGAACCCGAACCCUCUCAGCUCUUCUGA